AUGUCCACCAUCACCCGUACCCUCCGCAACCUCUGGAGGGUCGGUCUUCGCGACUAUGGCCACCAGAUGCAAUAUAUCGGUGACACAAAAGCUGGCACCUUUAUUGGGACGGACCGAUAUGGCAACAAAUACUACGAGAACUUGGCCGAAGAGCUUCCCUUGCGGACACGAUGGGUCGACUACAAGGACAAAGAGCUUGACGCCAGCCAGAUCGACCCGGGCUGGCAUGCCUGGAUCAGCUACUUGGUCGAUAAGCCUCCCGUUGAAGACAAAAUCAUGCAGUUUGGACUGCGGCCAUGGGAGAGCAAAGAGCCCAAGAUCAACUUGACCCAGAGUAGAGGAGCUUAUCGGCCAUAUUCUACGACGAAACCAAAAUAUAGCGCGUGGGAUCCCGUCGCAAAACCCCGAGACGGCUCAACCCCUUUUGCAAGUCGAGACAUUCGAGAGUGA